AAGAAAUGAUAGCACGGAAUGUGGAAGUGGAAGCAUAUUAUUAUAUUAGUUUUUAUAGUUCCAGCCAGUCAAGGACUAGAAAAUAAAACUUCUACUUUGGCUUCAAAGCAGCCAAAGGAAGUACCCAAUUUGGAAAGAUUCAGCACCACCAAAGCCAUAAGUAUACAAAACAAAGGGGUGACACAGUUGGCUUCAAAGUUGCCAAAAGAAGUACCCGAUUUGGAAAGAAACAGCACCACCAAAGCUAAGAGUGUGCAUGACAAUGGAUUGCGCUUUCGAGCUCCACCCAUUCUAAAGUAUGUGUACUAUCCCUACCUCUACCCAAUGCAACCGUAUCCUCAAUAUCCACCUCACGGAUAUUAUCCACCACAAGCAUACUUUCCACCCAACGGAUAUUACCCACCCACCGGAAAGUAUCCACCAAACGGAUUUCAUCCGAUUCCAUACCCAUAUCCUGGAUAUCUUGGUUGGAAACCACCUGAUUCAUCCUGGGGAGGAUCUGCACCGGAGAAUGUAAAUAUUCUUGAUGCAAAACACAAAGUAAGAUCUCCUGUCAGAUUACCUGAACCACCAGUUGCACCGGUGGCUCCAUCUCCAGGCUUUGGAGCACAGAAUCAAAAUGUAAUUACUAUAGUUAUAGGAAAAGAUCCAAAGUGA